CCUGAAUGGAGGGGUCGUGCCUUCAAAAAAGUUGAAGUUGCCGACCCACGUGGGAGCUUCACUUGGACGUAGACUCUUUCUCUUUUUACUUACUGCUUCCCUUCACAGCUCAUAUUGCGUGAUCUUCAGCUGCCAUUUAUUAGCCUUUUGACAUACAAGUUCUUAAGUUGUCUUGUUGCUUCCUAACAAAUUAUCUCAAAUGGCAGACCUCCCAACAACAUAUGAUGGAAUCGUCCAGAUAGCAGUGAUCGGUGGAACUGGGCUCCAGAAGCUCGAAGGCUACACUCCAGUCGCAACAGUCAAUCCCGAGACACCAUGGGGAUUCCCUUCCGCACCCAUUCACAUCCUCCAACAUAACAACGUCCCAGUAGCCUUCCUCUCCCGCCACGGCGCAUCCCACGAGUAUGCACCACAUGAAGUACCGAACCGGGCGAAUAUUGCGGCUUUGAGAAGCAUUGGAGUUAGAACUGUUAUUGCGUUCAGUGCUGUGGGAAGUCUGCAGGAGGAGAUUAGACCAAGGGACUUCGUUGUUCCAGAUCAGGUCAUUGAUCGUACAAAGGGAGUUAGACCCUUUACCUUCUUCGAGAAGGGUGUAGUUGGACAUGUUGGCUUUGCAGACCCAUUCGAUGGUCAGAUCGCGAAGGUCAUUCAGAAAUGCGGAAAUGCUUUGGAAGGAGAAGGGAUCAGAUUGCACGACAAAGGAACCAUCAUUUGCAUGGAAGGACCUCAAUUCUCCACUCGCGCCGAAUCCAACAUGUACCGCUCCUGGGGUGGCUCCGUAAUCAACAUGUCCGCCCUCCCAGAAGCCAAGCUUGCCCGUGAAGCCGAGAUGGUCUACCAGAUGAUCUGUAUGGCAACCGACUAUGAUUGCUGGCACAGCACCGAAGACGUUGACGUCGCAAUGGUCAUGGGACAUAUGGCUGCAAAUGGCGGUAACGCCAAGAGAUUGGUUGGUGCAGUCUUGGAUGAGUUGAUCAAGGACGAGCACAAGGAUUUGGUGAAAGGGACACACUGGGAGGGAUCUACAACCGGCAUGAUUCAGUUCAUGACCAAGGCCGAGGGGAGAGGUGCUGAAGGCGUGAAGAAUGUUGAAUUUUUAUUUCCGGGGGUAUUUAGCUCGUAGGUCUGAGGAUCUGGAGGAGAGUGGAGAUGACUAUAUAGAUAUCUGUUCAUUAUCGCGUGCAUAUCACCGACGAAAAACACUCGUCGGAGCUUCUAUAAGAAGAAAAUAGCAUUCAAUCUAUCGUGGA